AUGGGUAAGAAACGUAAGAUAUCGUCAAGUGACCAUGAAGAAGUCGAAGAAGACGAAAAAGAAGUCGAAGAAGAAGACGAUGAAGAAGAAGAAGAAGACGAAGAAGAAGAACCCGAAUUACAUGAUAAAGUUCUCAGUAAAUCCGAUGCUAAAAAGAAAAUAGUACCUGGUGUUUUAUAUCUCAGUCGUAUUCCUAAUAAAAUGAAUGUAACAAUUAUUCGACAAUAUUUUGAUCAAUAUGGUCAAACUGGACGAAUAUUUUUACAACUGUCAAAGGAUGAAGGUAAAACUAAACGAGAACGUGGUGCAAAAUAUAGUGAAGGUUGGAUAGAAUUUAAAUCUAAACGUGAUGCAAAACUUAUUGCUAAACAAUUAAAUAAUCAACAAGUUGGUGGCCGAAGACGAACACCAUGGUAUGAUGAAAUUUGGAAUAUUAAAUAUCUAUCAAAAUUUCGUUGGACACAUCUUCAUGAACGAUUUCAAUAUGAAAAUGAAGUACGAAAAAAACGUUUACGACAAGAAGUUCUUCAAGCUAAACGUGAAGCAAAUUUGUAUAUUGAAAAUGUUGAAAAAGGACGUAAAUUACGUAAACUUGAGAAGAAAAUGGAAAAAAGACCAGAAGAUUUAAAUAUUCGUGAAUGGAAUUAUGAUCAACAAGAUCCACAUGAAGCUGCUACAAGACGUAAAUCUAAAAAGAAAGAACAACAAUCAACAGGUCUUACUGAAAGUUUAUUAAGACAAAUUUUUCCAUCUUAA